AAAUCUUUUUUAACAAAAAAAAAGUAAAGCUAUAUUAAAACUUUAUAGUACUUCCAGUUUCUUACGUAUGACCUCUAUUCAAAAUUUUGCUACCACUGAUCCAUUUGCUGAUGAACCAAAUUUCGGUGGAGACAACGGCAUCAGUUAUAUUCACAUUCGUAUUUUUCAAAGAAGUGGCCGUAAAGCAGUAACAACAGUAGAAAAACUCCCAAGAGAUAUUGACUUUAAAAGAGUUUUAAAGUAUUUCAAAAAAACAUUAAAUUGCAAUGGAAACUUGUUAGAAGACGAAAAUCUUGGAACUGUCAUUCAACUCCAAGGUGACCAUAGAAAAGAAGUCUCUACCUUCAUUAUUGAAGAGAAAAUCGCCAAAAAAGAAUUUGUCAAGAUGCACGGUUUCUAAAUUUAUUCAAAGAGAACCUAUUAACCCAUCACCAACAUUUCUUUCUUCUUUUUUUCCAUCACCACCAAUCACCACAAUUAUUCAUCAUCACACAUUUUAUUUUAUUUCUUUUAAAGAAAUGAAUAUUAAUGUUGUAUAUAUUAAAAUAAUAAUAAUAAUAAUAAUAAUAAUAUUAAAAAAAAAAUACAGUUUUAAAAUAUAUAACCAAUUUUAUAUAUCUCACUCUUCUUAUUUCCUUUUUUAAAAAAAAACAAAUUUAUAUAAAAAAAAUAUGUUGAUCAAAAACUAUUUUUGGUUAUAUAAUUUAAAAAAAAAUAAAAAAAAGAUACAAAAAAAAAUAAAAAAUUUUCUAUUUUUAUUAUU